GCUUUCUCCUGCUUCCUGCACAGUCUCGGCCAACCACCAUCGCCAAUGGCGCGGCCACGCUGCAGCAACACCGUCUUCGCGUCCUUCAACGUCCUCACCCUCCUCCUCGGCGCGGCCGUCCUCGCGGCUGGCAUCUACGUCGGCGUGCCCCACCGUGGCGGCGGCGCCACCGACUGCGAGCGUUUCCUCCGCACGCCGGCCCUCGUCCUCGGCGCGGCGAUCAUGGUAGUCUCCAUGGCCGGCAUCGCGGGCGCCUGCUGCCGCGCUUCGCUCCUUCUCUGGCUCUACCUCUUUCUCGCGUCGCUGCUCAUCCUCGCCGCCCUAUGCUUCGCCGCGUUCGCGCUCGCCGUCACCAACGCCAGCGCGGGGCGGGCUGUGUCGGGGAGGGGGUUCAGGGAGUACCGGCUUGGCGAUUACUCGAGCUGGUUGCGACGGAGCGUGGAGAAUGGGCGCAACUGGGGCAGGAUCAGGAGCUGCCUCGCGGACACCGGCGUGUGCCGGAGCUUGCAGAGCAACCGGACGCUCAACGAAUUCGUCAACGCCAACCUCUCACCGGUGCAGUCUGGAUGCUGCAAGCCUCCAACUGAAUGCAACUUCACAUACGUGAACGAGACCAACUGGAUCAAGCCCCCUGGCCCCAGCAGCUCAUCGAACCCUGACUGCGACGCUUGGUCGAACGACCAGUCUGAGCUCUGCUACGGCUGCCAGUCUUGCAAGGCCGGCGUCCUGGGGAACCUCAAGAACAGCUGGAAGAAGAUCGCCUUCAUGAACGCUGGGUUCAUAGUCCUCCUCAUCGUCGUCUACUCCAUUGGAUGCUGCGUGCUUCGGAACAACCGGAGGAACAAGUACACCCUGGUUGGGAAGUGAGGAGAAGGUGGGUUUUGAUCAGCAAAAGAUGUGUGGCAUGCAUGUGUGUUCUUCUGUUACCUACAUGAGAAAAUGUAUACUCUUACAGUUUUUAUACAGUAAUGUUCUGUACAUAUGCCAUGUUUCAUGGUUGAUUGAUUGAUUUGGUUGCAAUUUUUUGUAAAACAA